AUGUCGACCUGGCUCCGGGAUAGCAAGUCUGCCAUUCAGGAGGCUGUGGAAGACGCGUUCAACCAGAUCCAGGAGCGUGCGCAAUUGGAGCUCCGGGAGCGCGACCGCAGAAAUGAUGAGCUAUCAGGCCAGCUACAACAGCUUAAAGACCACGCCGCCACCGCCGUUCAGCUGCAACAAGAGAACGAAUCAUUGAGGAAGCAGGUACAGAAGCUUCUGCAGUCCAACAAAGAUCGAGAGGCAUUGUCUCCCAAGAAACGAAGAGCAUUGGGCGAGCUGUCCCCGAACAAGCUCGCCGCUUCGCGAGCUGCAAAUCCUCUAGCCCGACAUGGUGACGACCGUGUAGACUAUGAAAAGGAGUACAAUAAACUUCACGCAAAGUACGAUAUUCUGGAAAAGUCGCGAGACGAGUAUAAGUCAGUGCUACGGCAAAGGACUGUGCAGAUUUCCAAGUGGGCAGAGACUUCAGACAAGCAAAAGGUAGUCAUCGAGAGACUGCGGAAGAGACUGGCCCAGUACCAGUCCACAGGGGUCUCGGACGCGCAUCCGAAUACACCUGGGAUUGGACCACUGGACGUUAGUGUGGACGAGCCGGAGAGGCCGAGUCCCAAUUCGAGCUUCGAUCGUCCUAUCGAUGCAAUCCCAGAAGCUUCAACUGGCCUGACUGCUGCGAGAUGCUCAAUCUCAAAGGCACACGAUGGUUCUAAAAUCCAUGAGCAUCCUGCAGAGGACAAUCUUGAGGCCAGGGUGCAUAAAAACGAUCCUGCUAAUGAGUCAACCGAGCUUCCAAAGCUGCCUGAACAACAAGAUGAUGACUUGAGUGCCGUUUUGAAAGUCGAACUAUCAUCAGACGGACCAGUCUUUGUUUCAGAAAGACCAGUCCACAAGAGGAAACGUGGUCGAGAAGACGAGCCCAAGAGUAAACAAGUGCAGAGGAUCAAGUCUGAACACAGCAGCUCCGGCCCAGAAUACACUGGAGAAAUACACUCGUUUACACCCACGGAGAGUUUCGAUUUUGAGGAGGAUAUCCAUGUCCCAACUCCCAGGAAGCGUAGAGUGUUGGGGCAAUUUCAGCAGCAUGCAGCAUUAGAUGGCUUGGGAGGGUCUACGAUGAACGGUUCUUCACACGCGCCGCUUACCACAACAGAAGCUCCACUCACGCCGACGACAGCCAUUAGGGACGCCCAAAAGCCGAACCGUACCUCUGCAUCUCAUGAGGCGAUCGCUGAUGUUUCGGAGUCAGUGAUUCCUAGUGAUCAGCAACCAGGGCAUCACAUCACGCUCCAGCUCGACCUCGGGAUUAGAGACUUGGCGGAGGACGGAGAGGCAGACUUGAAUACUGUUCAGCGUCCGGCGUUUAAAGGCCGCCUGGACGCUUUGCUCAAUUCGACGUCCGUCAGAACUCCAAAACCUAAGAUUCAGCCCGCCUCUCACAGAGUGCAGACUCCACAGCCUGCUCCUGCCGGUAAUUACGAAGAUGCCCUCAGAGUACCUGCACGGCGCGAGCUUCCUCAUGGCAAGAAAUUGCCAACUUCAGAGACAUCAACUACUCCGGUGCAGCAGAAAGCCGCAAGCACAUUGCCUGCCAAAGCCCGUCUGAGCCGCGAACGACCACCAAAGAGACCCUCGAUUUUACGUGAUGACAUGCCACGCGGGCGACUGGCAGAUAAAGAGAAGGCGCCUCUCCGCCAGAAGCCGAUGGAUAGGCUGAGGCCUGAGGACUUCAAGCCGAAUCCGAGGUACAACGAUGGGCUCACAUACGUCUACGACGAAGUUGUUCGCGGUAGAGAAGCACGCUCUGCUCUGUCCGGCUGCACCGACCCCAAUUGCUGCGGCAAGACAUUCCGAUCCUUUGCCGAGGCCGAGCGCUCCACCAUUGGUCCGUCAGUCACCACACGCGCGGAAGACAUUAAGCUGCUCGAGAACUACCUUGGUGAUGAUGCGUUCAAACUAGGCAGCAUGACGCGUGACGAAAAGGAGGAGACGUGGAUUCUGGCCAAGACGUGGGAGCUGGCUGGCAAAUUUGGGCGGCAUCGGGAGAGGUAUGCCAGGAUGCCGAGCCCCCCAGGCUUCUGGACGGUGGAGUUCCCGAGUACGCAGGAGAGGGCGGAGGAGAGAAGGCAAGCAGAGGAGAUACAGAAGGCUUUGGUUCAUGAGAGGUACCGAGAGGCGAUGAGGCCUGGUGGGAGGUGGCUGUUCCGGGAUGAGGAGGGGCGUUGA